AAACAAUGCCACAUCAGCAAAACAAGUGCUUGAUAGAAAAUGUUGGCAGUAUUUAUUAUUGAUUAUUAUUCAGAAAAUAAAUGUUCUGUUAAACAUCACUUGCAUUCAUCGUGAUAAUUUGAAGCAAAUUAUAUCAAUUUAAUUUGAUAAUACAAAUAAAAUUAAUAAUUAAGUUGAUCUUAAUCAUUUAUUCUCUACAGUUGGUAUGCUGCUUGUCAAAUGUGAUUAUUGUUUCGCUACACAGGUGUGCGUUGAAACUGUUCUGUUUACGUUCUGGAAGAGUAAAAGUACUGAUUAAUUUUGUUGUAUUACUUGUUACGAUGAAUGUUGUUGCAGCUGUAAAAAUGUAUAUAACAAAAAUGACAGAAGAAAGUGGCCCAGGAAUGAAAGUUCUUUUAAUGGAUAAAAACACGACAAGUAUCGUGAGUAUGGUAUAUGGCCAGUCUGAAAUUCUGCAGAAAGAAGUUUAUUUGUUUGAACGUAUAGACUCUGGAGGACAGCAGGAACCAAUGAGACAUUUGAAGUGCAUAACAUUCAUUCGGCCAACAAAGGAAAAUAUAGCACUACUCUCAAGAGAGUUGCGAUAUCCUCGUUAUGGAAUGUAUUAUAUAUAUUUCAGCAACAUAAUAGCCAAAGCCGACAUCAAGACGCUGGCGGAAAGUGACGAGCAGGAAGUGGUCAGGGAGGUGCAGGAGUUCUACGGCGACUUCCUCGCCGUCAGUCCCCACCUCUUCUCCCUCAACAUAACGGGUUGCGUUCAAGGUUUGAAUUGGGACCAUGCUCAUUUACUAAGAAGUAUUCAAGGUAUAACAGCUGUUCUCCUGUCACUUAAGAAACACCCCUUUAUAAGAUACCAAGGAUCUUCAGAGAUGGCCAAAAGACUGGCAGAGAAAAUCAGGGAAGUGCUGACGAAAGAGGCUGCUCUCUUCAAUUUUCGGCAGACGGAAACAUCUCCGUUGUUGCUCAUACUCGAUCGGAGAGAUGAUCCAGUUACUCCACUGCUCAGCCAGUGGACGUACCAGGCCAUGGUCCACGAGCUGCUCACCAUCAGCAACAACCGGGUGAACCUGUCGAGCGUGCCCGGAGUGCCCAAGGACCUGCAGGAGGUGGUGCUGUCUGCGGAACAGGACCAGUUCUACGCCGACAAUUUGUACUUGAACUUUGGUGAAAUCGGACAGACUAUAAAGCAGUUGAUGGAGGACUUCCAGAAAAAGGCAAAGAGUCACCAAAAAGUUGAGAGCAUAGCUGAUAUGAAACAUUUUGUUGAAGCAUAUCCCCAGUUCAAGAAAAUGUCGGGCACGGUGGCGAAGCACGUGACGGUGGUGGGGGAGCUCUCCGCGCAAGUGGCACGGCACAGCCUGCUGGAGGUGUCGGAGAUGGAGCAGAUGCUGGCCUGCCAGAGCGACCACUCCACGCAGCUGCAGAGGAUACGAAGGCUUUUAGACAGCAACAAGCUGCGGGAGUUUGAUGCUGUCAGAUUGGUCAUGCUGUAUGCCCUACGGUAUGAAAAACACACCAACAAUGAUAUUGUGGGGCUGGUAGAACUCCUGAAGAAAAAAAACAUCCCAGAGAACCUUACUAAGGCUGUACUAAACGUGUUGGAAUAUGGAGGUAGUCAUGCUCGUCAGAGUGAUCUGUUCGGAACGCAAGAUGCAGUCGUUAAGAUCACCAAAAAUAUUUUCAAAGGCCUGUCGGGCGUGGAGAACAUCUACACCCAACACACACCGUUGCUGAAGGAGACCCUGGAAGACCUGAUCAAAGGCAAGAUGAGGGAUGGGGCGUUCCCCUUCCUCGGAGGCGGCUACAUGAACCGCAGGCCGCAGGAGAUCAUAGUGUUCAUGGUGGGCGGGACCACUUACGAAGAGUCGCUGGCAGUGCACCAGUUGAACAGGAGCAACCUGGGGGUGAGCAUCGUGCUGGGAGGAACCACGGUUCACAACUCGGCCAGCUUCCUCGAGGAGGUGCACACAGCGACACAGGGCGUGAUACGAAGGCACGUCCGCCUGCGCAACAUGUGAGCUCGCAAGCUCACGUUCGUGUCCACUCGCAUCCACUCGCUCAUCGGCACUUCACGUUGAUACUUGUAUGUAUCCAUUGAUGUACAGUAUUACUUCACCCAGAUAUGUUUCAUACCAAGUACAUCCAGUGUUUUUUUGGUAUUGUGGUAGUACUCUCAAAUGACUUGGCAAUUUUUUUUAGGAACCCUUACACUUCCCCAACUUUAAUCCCCUUAUUCCAUUGUUGCUAUGUACUUGGAAAAGAAAAUAAUAGCAACUCCCAUUUUGUUACAACACACAUAUUAUGAGCAGGACCUAAUAAAUCACAUAAACUGAAAAAAUAAUGCAAUGUUUGAUGCUUUGAAGUUUAAAUGGGAUUUCAUAAUUUUUUUCAUCUUUUACACAAAUUUAUACAAUAUAAGGCUUUCAAUUUAACAAAUGUUACGUUUUUUUAACAUUCUCGGCCAAAGUAUCUCAAAAAAUUACACUGUAAAAAAAUGCAUAGAAUAAAACAAUUGCAGGAAUUUUGAACGAAAAGUUACUAUGGUAGGCUUCGAUUAUCUGUGGGCAGGUUAUCCAGUUUGCAGGUUAACUGUGCCAUGUUUCUCUUUAAUAAACCAUAAAAACAAAAAUAAUUUUUUACUUAUUUCCGUGUACGCACAAGGCACUUGUGUAGCAAUAAAUACAAUGCAAUGAAUUAGUAAUGGAAAAAAAAUUAAUAAUGUGGUGAAACAAUAAACAAUAUUUUGCUCUUUCCUCAA